UCCACACUACGAUACACACAAGCCAUCGCAAUCACUUUUAGAAAAGAAAAAGGAGUUUCGAAUUCACGUAUUUCGCUUCUGUGUUGACGUCUGCCUCCUACGCGACCGUCUCUAGGCAGCUGGCUGGUUGGAUUGUUUUGUUGGCUGGCUGGCUAGCAGGUGAAGGAGAGAGAGCGCGCGCGAGAGAGAGAAAAAUGGAAGACAAUGACAACAACAACACGAUGAUUUCCUUCGUCAACAAAAUCACCUCCAUCGUCACCCUCUUACUCUCACCCAAAACACAACCACCACACCCACACCCACACCCACAAUCACUUCGACCUCCACAACCACCACUACUACCAACAACGCAACGAACCAUGGAGGGUUAUCGAGGUCAAAAUCUCCCGCCGGUGCUUCAUGCACCUGCACUUCAGCCUCCCAUGAAUUACGAGGAUGAAAUUGAGGAAGUUCGAGGUAAGAAUGAAGAAAUAGACGAAGAUAGAGGGCCUUGCCAGCCAAACCUCACCACCACUGCCACUGCCAUCACCACUGCCACUGCCAUCACCACUGCCACCCCUAUACACAAUCCCGUUGUAAUUUCGCCUCCUAACCCUCUAGACUUAGACCAUCACGGUCUUGCUGCCCCCACCGUGAUCCUCGUGCUCAGGGACGCGUUUCCUCCCAAGAGAUAUCGAAUCUCCAAGGCGACGGUGGACUUCUGGGCACCGCCACUGCGAAACAUGAUGGAGGAGCAGAUGGACGCCAUGAUGGACCAUGACGGCGACUUCACGGACGUCGCCUCGAUCAACGUCCUGCACACCGACGACGACGCCUUCAGGCAUGUCCUCUACUUCUGGCAGCAUCACCGCCUCCGCCCUGAAUUGUGUCAUCGUUACGAUGACGGCUUCCCGGGUAGCCAGGCAAUGCACUCGAAAGACCCCUACGCUGUUCCGAUCAUCAUCAAGAUUUGGGCUCUCGCCGACCGCCUUGGAGGUCCCACGACCGUCCUGCGAGACAUCUGCAUGCGCCACAUCUACGCCGACCAGCACGCGUUGCCUAUUCCCCAUUGUAUGUCCGCUGCCUCUAUGCGUUACGUCCUCGAACAACAUCGCUAUGACUUCUCUUCCUCGCUCCUCCCGGGCAAGGAAUUGCAUCGGUAUUUUGAGAGCGGCCUCACGAGAUUUCUACUCGGACUGGCGGCACGCCACUACGACCACCCGUAUAAUGGCCAAGACGCGGAUGUAAGAGUGGGCACCGCGGAGGAAUGGACUGAUCUAGUGGAUGAGUUCAUGCCAUUCUUCCGUGCCGUCGAGAGUCUUUCGAAGAGGAUGGCGGUGCGGAGGGAUAUCAUGGGCGGGCAUGAGGGUGGAAACAGGGCCCCGCCCAAUCGCGAAAUGUCAAACGCGGAGGCGAGGAGGUUGGCGUUGCGGAGGGAGAUUAUGGGCCAAUUCCAACGCCCGCCGACUUCGCUGCCAUUUUCAUCCUUGGACCAGUUCGAGGUAAAAGGUUUGGAGACGUAUGCUGCGUCUUUGGGCGAGUUGACGUCCGGAUGGCACGCCAAACGUGACCAGUUUGGAAGGCGCUGAAGGCGAUGGCGCUGUCAGGCGGUUUUCCAUUGCUUCAUCGACUUCCUUGUUUCCCUGCUGCUUUGAAUUCUGUAUAAUAUGGCGAUAGGUGGGUAGGUAUUGUCCUUGUUAACUUUGGCUGUUCAUAUAUGUCUGCGGCGUUGUUGGUUGUAUUGACGGGGUUUUAUGUGCGCGGG